CCAAACAUCGUCUCCUCAAAAACUUAAGAGUGAUCAUGUACAAAGUAGCCAGCGCAUCGGAGUACCUAGCCAUUACCGGCGUCGGAAUCUCCGACAUCAAACUCGCCAAGAAGGCAUGGGUUCUCCCCGGUCAAUCCUGCACCAUCUUCGACAUCUCUCCCGUCAAUUACACCUUCGAAGUCCAAGCCAUGAGCGCCGAGAAGCUCCCCUUCAUCCUCCCCGCCGUCUUCACCAUCGGUCCUCGCUCCGACGACAUUGAAUCCCUUCUCAAAUACGCCAAGCUCAUCUCCCCUCACGACAAGCUCUCCAACCACGUCAAGGAGCUCGUCCAAGGUGUCAUCGAGGGAGAGACACGUGUCCUUGCCGCCUCCAUGACCAUGGAGGAGAUUUUCAGAGGCACCAAAGAGUUCAAACAAGAGGUCUUUGGGAAGGUGCAAUUGGAGCUCGACCAAUUCGGGCUUUUGAUUUACAAUGCUAAUGUCAAACAAUUGGUGGACGUUCGUGGGCAUGAGUAUUUCUCGUAUUUGGGGCAGAAGACGCAGCAGGAGGCUGCCAAUCAGGCGAAGAUCGAUGUGGCGGAGGCCAGGAUGAAGGGGGAAAUCGGCGCGAAAUCCAGGGAGGGACAGACCCUUCAGAAUGCGGCGAAGAUCGACGCGGAGACUAAGAUCAUUUCGACCCAGAGGCAGGGGCAGGGGAAGAAGGAGGAGAUUAAAGUCAGGGCGGAGGUUAAGGUGUUUGAGAACGAGAGGGAGGCGGAAGUGGCGGAGGCCAACGCGGAGCUCGCCACGAAGAAGGCGGCCUGGACCAGAGCCGCCCAAGUUGCGGAAGUGGAGGCCGCCAAAGCGGUGGCGCUCAGAGAAGCAGAGUUGCAGAAGGAGGUGGAGAGGAUGAAUGCACUGACCAUGAUUGAGAAAUUGAAGGCGGAAUUUCUAAGCAAAGCCAGCGUUGAGUAUGAAACAAAGGUACAAGAGGCGAACUGGGAUUUGUACAACAAGCAAAAGAAAGCAGAGGCGGUUCUGUUCGAGAAGGAGAGGGAAGCGGAAGCGCAGAAAGCGCUAGCCGACGCGGCGUUUUACGCUCGACAACAGGCCGCCGACGGAGAGCUCUACGCCAAAAGGAAAGAGGCAGAGGGACUGAUGGCGCUGGCGGAGGCUCAGGCCUUGUACCUCCGCUCACUUCUCGAGGCAUUGGGUGGCAAUUACGGCGCUCUCAGAGACUACCUAAUGAUCAACGGAGGCCUGUUCCAACAAAUUGCCAAAAUCAAUGCCGAUGGCAUCAAAGGGCUUAACCCGAAAAUUAGCGUCUGGACAAAUGGGAGCGGUGGACAAGGUCUGGAAGGCGGCGUUGGAGCUGGGAAUAUGGCGAUGAAUGAGGUGGCGGGAGUUUACAAAAUGCUGCCGCCGCUACUUCAGACGGUUCAUGAGCAGACUGGAAUGGUUCCUCCGCCGUGGAUGGGAAGCUUGGGCGAGUCUUCUCGGAACUGAGGCAUGGGUUACUUGUUUUGGUGUAUCAAUUCAAAAAAUGUGUCAAUUCCAAAGAAUAAAUGGGUGUAAGCAAUUUAUACGCUUUUUUUUU